AUGCUUCGGCAGGCCUGGAAACCCGUCGUCGGCACAGCUGUCCUAGUUGGCGCCCCAAGCUAUAUCUAUUACAGGUAUUAUCUCAAGCCCGCGAGCGAGACGUUCGACCUCCGCGUCAGAACGCGCGGCCCCGACGGAAAACCCGUCGUGACUACACGCGCCAUGUCACUCUUGUCCAAGGACCAAAUUAAUGCCCGCCUCACUGAGCACGCGACCUCAAAGACUACCCCAAGACCCGGCAUUGUGUGGAAGCAAGCAACUGCGCAUUUGGCGUCCAACAACCCCAUCGAGGACGCAUACGCCAGUGCUUUCGUGCAACGCGAUGCGACCGACCCAGCUGGCCCCGGUGACCUGCUCUUCUUUGCCGUCAUGGACGGCCACGGUGGCCCGCAUACCUCACGACUGCUGUCACAAGUCCUCCUACCCGCGGUCGCCCUUGAGCUGCAUCAACUCUCUCGGACCCCCGAAUCGUCCGCCUCAAAAUGGCCAAGUCUUCAAAAUAUUCAGUCGCUAUUAUACCCUACUGCCGUUACGCCACUACCAUUUGACUCGGACCCAGAGCGCGUGAAGCGCGCCAUUCAGACUGCUUUCUUGAACCUGGAUUGGGAGUUGAUUAAUGCCCCGAUGCGUAUUCUAGCGGAGCAUGCUGACGCACUCAAGAAAGGGAAUGUACCCGACCUCAGCCAGCACCCGAUGGCGCUGGCGAGUAUGAAGCCUGCGAUGUCUGGGAGCUGUGCGCUUAUGGCGCUCUUUGACACCGCACAUGAAAAUCUGUACGUGGCCUGCACAGGCGACAGCCGUGCGGUUGCUGGAGUGUACGAAGAGACUGAAGACGGGCGAGGCUCAUGGCGUGUCGAAGUACUAAGCGAAGACCAAACGGGCAGAAAUCCCAACGAACUCAAGAGGAUACAAUCAGAACAUCCUGCUGACGAAACAGAUACCGUCAUCAUGCGUGGACGUGUCCUCGGCGGGCUAGAGCCCAGCAGAGCAUUCGGAGACGCACGAUAUAAGUGGCCUCGCGAGAUGCAGUCAAUUCUGAACAAGGCCUUCCUCGAGGGCACCAACGUCGCGACGCGCUCGGCCCCCACCCUGCUCAAGACUCCUCCAUACGUGACGUCCCGCCCCGAAGUGACGCAUCGCAAACUCCCCUUCCUCGGCGACCCCUCCAGGCAGAAGCUACGGUUCGUCGUCCUCGCCACGGACGGCCUCUGGGACGAGAUCUCCUCCGAGGAGGUCGUCGCUCUCGUCGGCGGGUACCUGUCGGGGCUCAAGGGCACCGUCGCCAAGGCCGACCUGCCAGACCUUGUGCCGACGUCGUCCGGCUCGCGGACGGUGGAAGGCAAGGAUAAGCGCCAUCAGCAGGACAAGCAGGGCGCGUGGGCCUUCGUCGACGACAACGUCAGCACGCACCUGAUCCGGAACGCGUUCGGCGGUGCGAACGAUAACCAGCUGCGAAAAGUCCUCAGCAUCCCCGCUCCGUUAUCCAGGAACUACCGGGACGACGUCACGGUCACGGUUGUGUGGUGGGAGGAGGGUCGUGGGCUUGACGCGCAGGCGGACUUAUCGCGCUCUGAGCAAGCAGUCAAGUCCAAGUUGUAA